GGAGCUUUCCUGGGAGUGGGAUCUGACUGCUGUGGAACCCCAGCUACUUCAAGGCCCUGAACACAUGAAAGCACUGUCCUGCAGAUGAGCCAUCACUGGGGGCUUUCCCGUCGCUGUCGCAGACCCAGAUAGUUUCUGGCGACAGCGGCAUUGCCCCCAACUCCCCAUUAUGCCCAACAACAGUCGGGCGGGGAACCUGAAGGACCUCGAAAUCGCUGACCUCUUCUUCAAGGAGGACCCAGAGAAGCUCUUUUCAGAUUUGCGUGAAAUUGGACAUGGCAGCUUUGGUGCUGUAUAUUUUGCACAAGAUGUGCGGACACAUGAUGUGGUGGCCAUCAAAAAGAUGUCUUACUGUGGGAAACAGUCUAAUGAGAAAUGGCAAGACAUUAUAAAGGAGGUAAAAUUCCUGCAGAGAAUACGACACCCAAACAGCAUAGAGUACAAAGGAUGUUACCUGAGAGAGCAUACUGCUUGGCUGGUGAUGGAAUAUUGUCUAGGCUCAGCUUCAGAUUUGUUGGAAGUUCACAAGAAACCUCUGCAAGAAGUUGAAAUAGCAGCGAUUACCCAUGGUGCUCUUAAGGGUUUGGCCUAUCUUCAUUCCCAAAACAUGAUUCAUCGUGACAUCAAAGCAGGAAAUAUCUUACUGACAGAACCAGGUCAGGUGAAACUCGCAGAUUUCGGUUCUGCUUCCAUUGCCUGUCCUGCAAACUCCUUCGUCGGGACCCCAUAUUGGAUGGCCCCAGAAGUAAUUUUAGCUAUGGAUGAGGGUCAGUAUGAUGGAAAGGUGGACAUCUGGUCUUUGGGAAUAACCUGCAUCGAAUUAGCUGAGAGGAAGCCUCCACUGUUCAACAUGAAUGCAAUGAGUGCCUUAUACCACAUAGCACAAAAUGAGAGCCCGACACUGCAGUCUAGUGAAUGGUCGGAUUAUUUCCGAAACUUCGUAGAUUCUUGCCUUCAGAAACUUCCUCAGGAUCGGCCAAACUCUGAGGAGCUCCUACAGCAUGCAUUUAUCCAGCGUAAGCGACCAGAAUCCGUUCUAAUAGACCUGAUAAAUCGGACCAAGGAUGCAGUGAGGGAGUUAGACAAUCUGCAGUAUCGUAAAAUGAAGAAGAUCUUGUUUCAAGAAGCCCACAAUGGACCUACAACUGAGGCGCAAGAUGAUGACGAGGAGCCCGAACACAAUGGGAGUAAGACAGGCACAGUGAACAGUGUGGGGAGUAACCAGUCCAUUCCAAGCAUGUCAAUCAGUGCCAGUUCUCAGAGCAGCUCCAUCAACAGUCUUACUGAUGCAGUGAACGAGACGAGUCAUGUAGGUAUAAAAGGAGACCACACAGUGAUGUCCAACAGCUCUGUCAUACAUCUCAAACAUGAACAAGAGACAAGUAAUGAAGAGUCUGAGCCUCAAAACCGGGCCACAGCAGAGCCACAAUCUCCUGUACAAACUCAGAGGCCAAAACGAAACCGUGAACAUUUUGCUACUAUACGCACAGCUUCAGUGCUCACUCGCCAAAUUAAGGAGCAUGAGCAGAAUUCUGAGUUAAGAGAGCAGAUAUUGGGCUACAAACGUAUGAGGCGGCAGCAUCAGAAACAGCUGUUGGCUCUGGAAAACAAACUGAAGGCUGAAAAAGAUGAGCACAGGCUCCGUCUGGACAAAGAGCUGGAGAACCAGAGGAAUAGCUUUUCCCAAGAGAUGGAGAAGCUCAUUAAGAAACACCAGGCUUCCUCUGAGAAAGAUGCAAAAACCUAUGCCAAUGAUGAAAAGAAGUUCCAACAACAUAUCCAGAGUCAGAUGAAGAAAGAGCUUAACGGCUUCCUAGAAUCCCAGAAACGUGAAUAUAAACGCCGCAAGGAACAACUGAAAGAGGAGCUGAAUGAAAACCAGUCAACACCCAAGAAAGAAAAGCAAGAGUGGUUGUCCAAACAAAAAGAGAACUUCCAUCACUUCCAAGCCGAGGAGGAGGCCAACUUGCAGCACAGACAGCAGCAGUACCUGGAGAUAGAAUGCCGCAGGUUCAAAAGGAGGAUCAUGAAUAUUCGCCACACUACUGAACAGGAUCUGGUUCGAGAGGAGUUAAACAAGCGUCAGACCCAGAAGGACCUGGAACACGCCAUGCUUCUCCGGCAUCAUGAGUCUAUGCAAGAGCUGGAGCGUCGCCAUCUUAACACCAUCCAAAAGACAAGAACCGAGCUGAUCCGCCUGCAGCACCAGACAGAGCUCACCAAUCAGCAAGAGUACAACAAGAGAAGGGAGAGGGAACUCAGACGCAAACAUGUCAUGGAGGUUCGUCAGCAACCCAAGAGCCUCAAGUCCAAAGAGCUACAGAUCAAGAAGCAGUUUCAAGACACAUGUAAGAUCCAGACCAGGCAGUAUAAAGCACUGAGAAACCAUCUGUUGGAGACCUCACCAAAGUCCGAGCACAAAGCCAUCCUUAAACGGCUGAAGCAGGAGCAGCACCGCAAGCUGGCCAUUUUGGCAGAGCAAUAUGAGCACUCCAUUAAUGAAAUGCUUUCCACGCAGGCGCUACGCCUGGACGAAACUCAGGAAACUCAGUGCCAAGCCUUACGAAUACAGCUACAGCAGGAGCUGGAACUUCUCAACGCCUAUCAGAGCAAAAUCAAAAUGCAGACAGACGCUCAACAUGAACGAGAAAAGAAGGACCUGGAAGAAAGGGUGUUGCUCAGAUUAGGACUACUGGAACAAAAGAUUGAGACAGAGAUGCAGUCUUUACAAAAAGAACAGCAAGAGCGAAUCCGGAGCCUGCUUGAACGCCAAGCGCGAGAAGUUGAGGCGUUUGACUCUGAAAGCCUGCGUCUGGGCUUCAGCAACAUUGUGCUAUCAAACAUCCCCCCUGAGGGUCUCAACAACAGCUUUCCGGGUGCUCCAGGACGUUAUAGUCAGCAACUGCACUCGUCUGUGAGCGCUCAGGGGCCAAACUGGAGCAGCCGUGGUUCGAGUUUAGGGUCAAGUCACCGAGGCACCCACCACCACCAUCACGCCAGUCUAGGAGGAAUGCCUAUGCAAGAGAACUGGGGGCAGGUCAUGCAUGGAGGAGCGGGUCCGCCUCCGUGGGGCCAUCACUCAGCUGGAUCGCUGGCCUCUCGCAGCAGUGGGAGCAUACAGAACAGCCCUCAAGUGAUGGGAGGACACGGUGAGCAGGGUAUGAGCAGGAGUUCCAGUGUCACCUCUCAGAUAUCUAACGGGUCACACCUCUCCUACACCUAAACUGCCCCGUCUCUGCCCCAGAGUCACUUUGAGUGAAGAAUAACAGCAGGACAGAGUAGGCCAUACCUCUGAUGCUCGGUCUGUGACAAUACCCCUGUACAGAUAUGGAUGUGUGAUAAAAUAAAUGUUGCUCAGGUCAAAAGGGUUGGAAAAGGCACAGCCCGUCCUCACGGCAGUUUAUUGGCACACACAGGUUCUUAGAUGUAUGUUACAAAAGCAGUUUGAGUAUUAGCAUCCCCUUUUUACACUCGUACAGAGAUUUUUUUUUUAAUAUUGUAAAUUUGUUCUAUUCACAGCCAUUGCUCUCCUUUUGCACAU